AUGGCAAGUUUUCCUGGCCUCUUUACUGCUGGUGUUCUCCCUGCUCUCCUCUGGGUGUCCAUGUGGGGCUCCCCAGUGUCCGGGUUUUCUGUGAUGGGACCAGCUCAGCCCAUCAAGGUCUCACUAGGAGCAGAUGCCACUCUGCCCUGCCAGUUGUCCCCCGAGCAGAGUGCAGCCCACAUGCAGAUCCGGUGGUACCGAACCCAGCUAUCCCCAGUGGUGCUCAUGUACCAGAAUGGGCAGGAACAAGACGGGGAGCAAAUGCUGGAAUACCGUGGUAGGACAGAGUUGGUGGAGGACUCCAUCGGCAGAGGGGCUGUGGCCCUGCUGAUCCAACACGUCCGUGCCUCUGAUGAUGGCCAAUAUUGGUGUCAUUUUAAUGAUGGUCACAUCUCCCGGGAAGCUGUUGUGGAGCUGUACGUGAUAGGCUUGGGCUCUGCCCCUCACGUUCGCAUGAUGGGGCCUGAGGAUCACGGGAUCCAAGUUCUGUGCUCCUCCGGUGGCUGGUUCCCCAAACCCUGGGUGCAGUGGAGAGACACAGCGGGAGAGAAGCUACUAUCCCUCUCUGAAUCUCAGACUCAAGAUGGAGAUGGGCUCUUCCAUGUGGAGGCAUCUCUUGUGGUCACAGACAGCUCUCUGGGCAACGUGACCUGCUCCAUCCAGAACCCCGUCUCUGGCCAGGAGAAAGCGUCAGCCAUCUUCCUUCCAGAGCCCUUCUUCCCCAGAACAUCUCCAUGGAAGACAGCCCUGGCUGGGACCCUCCCUGUGCUGGUGCUUCUCCUCAUCGGGAUCAGCUACACUGGCUGGAGAGAACAUAGAGCCAAAACCAGAGAAAUAGAGAAAAGGAAGGAAGCAUCUCAUGAAAGUGACAAGGUGGCGGAAGAAAAGGAAGAGGCACAUUCAAUCAAAAGGAAGCUUGAAGAAGAUCUCGAACAACGAAAGGCAUUAUACAACAAAGACUGGAAGAAGGCCCUGAUAUAUCCUGACUGGAGGAAGGAACAGUUUGAACAUGUUCUUGUGAUUGAAAAUCAUGAAAAUGUUCAUCAGAACAAUUCUGACUUCAGAAGGGAACCUCAGGCAAUAUUAUGUAAAAAGCAAGGAGGUGGCAAUAUUCUCAAACUUGAUCAAGGAUUCACUAAGGGGAGAUAUUACUGGGAGGUGGACAUUGAGGACAUUGAUGAAUGGACUCUAGGCAUUUGUGAGGGGCCCACAGAAAGGAGUGGGUUACUCAGUGAUCUAGAGAAGAUGAAGUUCAAUGUCUUGGAGAAGAGGGGAUGUGAAUACAGGGCUCUCACUUGUUCUCGCCAAGACAUUUUCCAAAAAGAGCCUCUCCGAAUUGAAAAGUGUCCACUAAAGAUUGUGAUUUUCUUGGAUUAUGAGGAUAGUGACAUUUCUUUCUAUGACAUGACUGAUGAAACCCACAUCUUCUCCUUCACCCAUGCCAACUUCUCUGGGUCAGUCUAUCCUUACUUCAAACUGAAAUCCAUGGAGUUCUCCCCAUCUGCAUGA